AUGGCCCUCCAUCUGCCCGUGCGCCUGCUGCGGCGGCCCGACGCCGUGCUGCGCCUCUCGCGCACCGCCGCUGCGUCGCCAGCGUGCGCCACGAGCCUGCGCCCGCCCGCUCGCACCUUCCACCGCUCCAGCGUGACGCUCGUGAGUCUGCGGGGCUCGCGCGCCGUCCAGAGCCCUGCCGCCGCACCGACUAGCAGCGCCUCCACCUCCGCACCGCCGCCGCCUUCGUCGGCUCAGACACCGGCAGCAGCGGGCGAAGGCCCUGCCGUGGCGCUGGCGCGCGACGCCGUCAGCGUCACCUGGUCGUCGGGCGUCAUGAGCCGCUUCCACCACCUCUGGCUGCGCGACCACUGCCGCUGCGCCACGUGCUACCACGCCACCACCAAGCAGCGCCUGCUCGACACGUUCAAGCUGCCGCCAGACCUGCAGCCUGUUGCCGCCGAGUCGACGACCGAAGGCCUGCUCGUGCGCUGGGCUGAGCCCGGGCCCGAAGCACCAGCCGAGGGCGCAGCGGCAGCAGCGGAGCACGUCUCGCUCUACCCGUGGUCGUGGCUGCGGCAGCACUCCUACGCGCCCGUGCUCUCGUCGCUCAGCAGCUCGGCGCUGCCCGACGGGCCGGCCGACAGCCGCGGGCGCAUCCUGUGGGGCAGCGGCAUCGGCGCCGCGCCGCCGACGGUGACGCACGACGAGGUGCAGGAGGACCGCGGCGUGGCGCGGUGGUGUGCUAAGAUUGCGCGGUACGGCUUCUGCUUCGUCUCUGGCGUACCCGCCACGCCCGAGGCAACACAGGCGCUCGUCGAGCGGCUCAGCUUCAUCCGCCCGACGCACUACGGCGGCUUCUGGGACUUCACCUCGAACCUCGAGCACGGCGACACGGCCUACACGAACCUCAAGCUCGGCGCACACACCGACACGACGUACCUGACGGACCCGUGCGGCCUGCAGAUGUUCCACCUGCUCUCGCACACCGACUCGCCCGGCGGCACAAAGGCCCACGGCGGCGAGUCGCUGCUCGUCGACGGCUUCCUGGCGGCGCAGGUGCUGCGCGACGUGCACCCGGACGCCUACGACAUUCUCAGCCGCACGCGCAUCCUUACGCACUCGGCCGGCGACGACCAGACGCUCGUGCGCCCGCUGCACCCGCGCGGCUACCCCAUCCUCGAGCACGACGAGUCGACGGGCGAGCUCAUCAUGGUGCGCUACAACAACGACGACCGCAGCGUGCUCAAGGUGGCCGAGCAUGAGGUGUUGCCCUUCUACGACGCCCUGCGAAAAUGGCACGAGAUCCUCACGUCCGAGAACGGCGAAUACUGGUCGCAGCUGACGCCCGGCACGGCGCUGAUCUUCGACAACCACCGCGUGCUGCACGGCCGCAGCGCCUUCAUGGGCGAGCGGCGCCUCUGCGGCGCAUACGUGCCGCACGACGACUUUCGCUCGCGCACCGCCACGCUGCGCACGCGCUUCCCCGACGUCUUUGCCGACGGCCGCGUCGCGCCGACGUCGGGCGACGGCGAGCGGAGAAAGCGCGGCGUGUGGGAUGACGGCCUGUAA